AGUUCCGCACUUUCCAGCACUCUCGUUGAUCUUUCAUAACAUCGUCAACGCAGUGAUUGUAUUAGCAAAAAUUUUGAUCACAAUAUUCAUUGUGUCUGUCACUGCUUCCUUAUGAUUAUUAAAUACUUUCCCAAAUUUGAAUGACCGUAUUGCACUGUUGCGCAUAAAAUCGUUGAUCAUAAUAACAAGGUGGUCGUGAGUUGUUUAAGUGUCGUUGACUGCUCAAGCCAGGCAACUCGUUGAUGCCGAUCGUCUGCUAUUAGAUUUAUUUUUUCCGAAGAUUUUGAAAGAUUCCUACAAGAAAGCCAGAAGACCAAUUACAUUUUUAUACAGAGGACGGAGAGAAUUAUGUAGCUACAAUGGUUGCAAGCACAACGACUGAUAUGACUGGAUCCAUAUAUCAUGAACGACAAGUAAAGGAGCUAUGUGCAUUACAUGCGUUAAACAACUUGUUUCAAGAGCGUGGGUUUAGUAAGCAAGAAUUAGAUCAAAUCUGUUAUAGUUUAAGUCCUGAUGUAUGGAUCAAUCCUCAUAAGUCAUUACUGGGACUUGGCAAUUAUGAUAUUAAUGUUAUUAUGGCUGCUCUCCAAAGAAGAGGGCGUGAAGCUGUAUGGUUUGACAAACGUAGGGAUCCUAAGUGUCUUUGUUUAGACAACAUCGAGGGUUUUAUACUUAAUGUCCCAACUGAGUAUAAAUUAGGUUUUGUGCUUCUUCCUUUGAAACGACGUCAUUGGAUUGCAUUGAAAAAGAUUCAUGGUGCCUUUUAUAACCUUGAUUCAAAACUUGACUCACCGCAAUUAAUAGGAAAGGACAACGAUUUACUCAUAUAUCUAAAGGAUCAAAUAGAUAGCAAGGAGAAGGAAUUAUUCCUUGUUGUUUCUAGAGAGAUUGAUGGUAAUCAAGGAUGGUUGAUGGAUACAUGUGAAAACAAAGAUGACAAUAACAUGGAUCGUGAGUCUAUUAGGUAUAUCGAAGAUGGAUAUGCAGAUAUAGAUUUGAAAAAGUCAGAGUCAAAAGAAAUGAAUGAAAACGAAGAAUUUAUAGAUAACAAAAAUUCUAGAUAAUUGAGACCACCAUAUUCCAUUUAUUUAUUUAUUUGUUGCCUUGUUACAAAUUUAAGCAAGAGUAACUAAAGUUGCUGCAAGGAAAGAUUCAAAAUUAUGAAAACAAUAAAGGUAAAAGAAAAUGAAGUAAAUAAUGGCAAUUACACAAAAUAAGUGUUUCACCAAACAUUCUACAUUCUUAUAAUUCCAUUUGUAUUUAUUUAUUUAUUUAAAUAAGACAUCUUUUUUAUUUAUUUUUCUAAGAAAAGAAAAAUCAAUUAUAUAUGAUUACCAUCACAUAUAGUUUAAUAUAAUGUGCAAUUCAACAAAUAACACAUGUAAGGAAAUGUAGCAUUGUAUUUAUUCAGAAUGAAAAUUGCUUUAUUAAAAGCUACUAUAUAAGAAAGCAAACUCGUAUUUAAACGACAUCUACUCACAUGAAUUGUGAAAGUAUUUAUGUGUAAAUGUACUGUGGUAUUAUUUAUUGUGAUAAUCGCAUCUGUCAUUUUAAAAGGCUUAUGUAAAUAAAUACUUGUAAUAUGAAA